CGUAACUCGCUCCCCCACGAGUGGAUAUCGCCAUUAUUGGCGUCAAAGCAACCAGAUCGGUUAACGGCCGGUACAACCGCCUAGUCAGCGGACUCACCUCUCACUCUCACCAACCCUUCACUGCUCUCUCUCUCUCUCUCUCACACACACACACACACACACAAAAACUACAAACGUAGCUUUCACUUCCCUUUUCUCUCUUAGUCUCUGCAUCAAACACUUUCGUACCGUUUUGGGUCACCAAACAUUGUCAAGUGAAAAUGUCCCUCUUUCGGUUUUAAAGCAUUGCUCAUGCUCAUACCUGAGACCGCCACUUGUGCUUGGAAUUUUUCGAUUUCAAUCACAACCAGAAUCGAUAACGAAACGUCACUUUUCAAAAACGGAACCUUCACGCAAUUCUAUAUUCUCUAUCCUUAAAUUCAGCCCUCUCUCUUUCUAUCUCUACCGUCCUCGUCAGAUUCCAAGAAAGCUUGCUUUAGAUGCCGGAGAAGAUUGGUUCUGAACAGUGGGAAAAAAGAGUCAUGAGUACGCAACUUUUGGAAGUCCAGCCCAGGGAACUAAAAUUUAUUUUUGAAUUGAAGAAGCAGAGCUCCUGUGUGGUACGACUUACUAAUAACAGCCACAACAAUGUUGCUUUCAAGGUUAAGACUACUUCACCAAAGAAAUAUUGUGUGCGUCCAAAUGUUGGCGUUGUCUUAGCAAAAUCAACUUGUGAAUUUACUGUUACAAUGCAAGCUCCAAAAGUUGCUUCUGUUGAUAUGAUCUGCAAAGACAAGUUCUUAAUCCAAAGCACUGUUGUUCCUCUUGAGACGUCUGACGAGGACAUAACGCCUGAUAUGUUUACCAAAAAUGGUACCAAGUAUAUUGAAGAAAUCAAGUUGAGAGUGACUCUCAUCAGCCCACCUCAAUCUCCAGUACUGUCACCAAUUAAUGGGGUGCUUAAGCAGGAACCUUUUUUUGAAGGUCCGCUGCUGAGAGAUCGAGUAUUGAGUACAGUGGACAAUACUCCUCCACCACACAAGGUUUCCAAGAACGUGGAGUUUAAAAUGACUUAUGAUCAGGAGUCCAAAACAGAAGAGGAUGGGGAGUUGAAGCCUAAGAAGGAUGUGAUUGAUGUUAAGGAGUCAAAGCCAGCAAACAAUGCAGAGUUGAUGCAAAAUAAUAAUCUGGUUAAAGUUGUAGAGGUAAAUCUGGCAAAGGAUGAACAGUUGAAGCCAGAAAAUGAUGCCAUUAAUGACAAGACAGCAAAGAAUGAAGAGUUGAAGCCAGAAAAUGAUGCCAUCAAUGAUAAGAAAGGAAUGGAUGCGGAGUUCCAUCCACCAAAUAAUGCACUGAAGGAUGCAGAAUUUGUAGCAGUGAAGGGCGAGAAGGAGCUGAAGUUAAUAAAUGAUGUUGAGGAGAUGAAGUCAAAGCUGAAUGUACUUGAAUUAAAGCUAAAUGAGGCAGAAUCUACUAUUUUUAAAUUGACAGAAGAGAAGAGAUUAAGCAUCAAGGAGAGAAAAAAUUUGCAGGAAGAACUAGCUCUGCUGAGGAGCAGGACAAAUGCCAAAAAUGCACAAGUGGGGUUCCCUCUUCUUUUUGUUGUUAUGGUUGGUCUCAUCAGUAUUUUACUUGGAUACGUUUCACACCCUUGAAUUUGCAGCCAUCACAGGGUACACUAAAGUUUGUUAAUAGUUAGAGCCUCAACAUACUAAUUAUGCUUUCUCAUUAUAAUUUCUCUAAGGAAGCAAGAGAUUGUAAGUUUGAACAUUUUCUUUUCGGGUUAAUUCGCUCUAGGCUUGUUGGUAUGUUGUUGCGUGUAUACAUAUAUAGUCUUAAUGGAAAUAUCAAAUGUAAAGUGCCUGAUUGAUUAGAGGAGAGAAUGUUCCUUCAAGUAAAUAGGUGAAGAGGGGUAGCUCUAAUAACAUAUUUCUUCUGUUAUUGAAGCUGAAACUGGUUGGCGUAUACCUUAUGUUUCAAAGUCAUGUAUGAAUUGCAAUUCUUAUUUUGAAUCUCUCAUCUAGCUA